AUGCACCCCUCUCGUUCUCCUCCCUCCUCCUCUUGCCUCGCGCGUUGGGGGUGGCGUGGGGUGUGGGGGGUGGCACCGGCGGUGUGGGGGUCUUCUCCUUUUCCUUUGCCUGGGAAGGACAUGGUGUGUGUGUUCUCGGGUGUUCGGCCUCAGUGGUGUGUGUGUUCUCGGGUGUUCGGCCUCAGUGGUGUGUAUGUUCUCGGGUGUUCGGCCUCAGUGGUGUGUGUGUUCUCGGGUGUUCGGCCUCAGUGGUGUGUAUGUUCUCGGGUGUUCGGUCUCAGUGGUGUGUAUGUUCUCGUCUCUGUGGGUGUUCGGUCUCAGUGGUGUGUGUGUUCUCGGGUGUUCGACUUCAGUGGUGUGUGUGUUCUCGGGUGUUCGGCCUCAGUGGUGUGUGUGUUCUCGGGUGUUCGGCCUCAGUGGUGUGUAUGUUCUCGGGUGUUCGGCCUCAGUGGUGUGUGUGUUCUCGGGUGUUCGGUCUCAGUGGUGUGUAUGUUCUCGGGUGUUCGGCCUCAGUGGUGUGUGUGUUCUCGGGUGUUCGGUCUCAGUGGUGUGUAUGUUCUCGGGUGUUCGGUCUCAGUGGUGUGUGUGUUCUCGGGUGUUCGGUCUCAGUGGUGUGUAUGUUCUCGGGUGUUCGGUCUCAGUGGUGUGUGUCUUCUCGGGUGUUCGGUCUCAGUGGUGUGUAUGUUCUCGUCUCUGUGGGUGUUCGGUCUCAGUGGUGUGUGUGUUCUCGGGUGUUCGACUUCAGUGAUGUGUGUGUUCUCGGGUGUUCGACUUCAGUGGUGUGUGUGUUCUCGGGUGUUCGGUCUCAGUGGUGUGUAUGUUCUCGGGUGUUCGGUCUCAGUGGUGUGUGUGUUCUCGAGUGUUCGGCCUCAGUGGUGUGUGUGUUCUCGGGUGUUCGGCCUCAGUGGUGUGUGUGUUCUCGGGUGUUCGGCCUCAGUGGUGUGUGUGUUCUCGGGUGUUCGGUCUCAGUGGUGUGUAUGUUCUCGGGUGUUCGGUCUCAGUGGUGUGUAUGUUCUCGGGUGUUCGGCCUCAGUGGUGUGUAUGUUCUCGGGUGUUCGGCCUCAGUGGUGUGUGUGUUCUCGGGUGUUCGGUCUCAGUGGUGUGUAUGUUCUCGGGUGUUCGGUCUCAGUGGUGUGUGUGUUCUCGGGUGUUCGGUCUCAGUGGUGUGUAUGUUCUCGUCUCUGUGGGUGUUCGGUCUCAGUGGUGUGUGUGUUCUCGGGUGUUCGGCCUCAGUGGUGUGUAUGUUCUCGGGUGUUCGGCCUCAGUGGUGUGUGUGUUCUCGGGUGUUCGGUCUCAGUGGUGUGUAUGUUCUCGGGUGUUCGGUCUCAGUGGUGUGUGUGUUCUCGGGUGUUCGGUCUCAGUGGUGUGUAUGUUCUCGUCUCUGUGGGUGUUCGAUCUCAGUGGUGUGUGUGUUCUCGGGUGUUCGACUUCAGUGGUGUGUGUGUUCUCGGGUGUUCGACUUCAGUGGUGUGUGUGUUCUCGGGUGUUCGGUCUCAGUGGUGUGUAUGUUCUCGGGUGUUCGGUCUCAGUGGUGUGUGUGUUCUCGGGUGUUCGGCCUCAGUGGUGUGUGUGUUCUCGGGUGUUCGGUCUCAGUGGUGUGUAUGUUCUCGGGUGUUCGGUCUCAGUGGUGUGUAUGUUCUCGGGUGUUCGGUCUCAGUGGUGUGUGUGUUCUCGGGUGUUCGGUCUCAGUGGUGUGUGUGUUCUCGGGUGUUCGGCCUCAGUGGUGUGUGUGUUCUCGGGUGUUCGGUCUCAGUGGUGUGUGUGUUCUCGGGUGUUCGACUUCAGUGGUGUGUGUGUUCUCGGGUGUUCGGUCUCAGUGAUGUCUAUGUUCUCGGGUGUUCGGUCUCAGUGAUGUCUAUGUUCUCGGGUGUUCGGUCUCAGUGGUGUGUAUGUUCUCGUCUCUGUGGGUGUUCGGUCUCAGUGGUGUGUAUGUUCUCGUCUCUGUGGGUGUUCGGUCUCAGUGGUGUGUGUGUUCUCGGGUGUUCGGUCUCAGUGGUGUGUGUGUUCUCGGGUGUUCGGUCUCAGUGGUGCGUAUGUUCUCGUCUCUGUGGGUGUUCGGUCUCAGUGGUGUGUAUGUUCUCGUCUCUGUGGGUGUUCGGUCUCAGUGGUGUGUAUGUUCUCGUCUCUGUGGGUGUUCGGUCUCAGUGGUGCGUAUGUUCUCGUCUCUGUGGGUGUUCGGUCUCAGUGGUGUGUAUGUUCUCGUCUCUGUGGGUGUUCGGUCUCAGUGGUGUGUGUGUUCUCGGGUGUUCGGUCUCAGUGGUGUGUAUGUUCUCGUCUCUGUGGGUGUUCGGUCUCAGUGGUGUGUAUGUUCUCGUCUCUGUGGGUGUUCGGUCUCAGUGGUGUGUAUGUUCUCGUCUCUGUGGGUGUUCGGUCUCAGUGGUGUGUAUGUUCUCGUCUCUGUGGGUGUUCGGUCUCAGUGGUGUGUAUGUUCUCGUCUCUGUGGGUGUUCGGUCUCAGUGGUGUGUAUGUUCUCGUCUCUGUGGGUGUUCGGUCUCAGUGGUGUGUAUGUUCUCGUCUCUGUGGGUGUUCGGUCUCAGUGGUGUGUGUGUUCUCGGGUGUUCGGUCUCAGUGGUGUGUAUGUUCUCGUCUCUGUGGGUGUUCGGUCUCAGUGGUGUGUAUGUUCUCGUCUCUGUGGGUGUUCGGUCUCAGUGGUGUGUAUGUUCUCGUCUCUGUGGGUGUUCGGUCUCAGUGGUGUGUAUGUUCUCGUCUCUGUGGGUGUUCGGUCUCAGUGGUGUGUAUGUUCUCGUCUCUGUGGGUGUUCGGUCUCAGUGGUGUGUAUGUUCUCGUCUCUGUGGGUGUUCGGUCUCAGUGGUGUGUAUGUUCUCGUCUCUGUGGGUGUUCGGUCUCAGUGGUGUGUAUGUUCUCGGGUGUUCGGUCUCAGUGGUGUGUGUGUUCUCGGGUGUUCGGUCUCAGUGGUGUGUGUGUUCUCGGGUGUUCGGUCUCAGUGGUGUGUAUGUUCUCGUCUCUGUGGGUGUUCGUUCUCAGUGUGGUGUGUGUGUUCUCGGGUGUUCGGCCUCAGUGGUGUGUGUGUUCUCGGGUGUUCGGCCUCAGUGGUGUGUGUGUUCUCGGGUGUUCGACUUCAGUGGUGUGUGUGUUCUCGGGUGUUCGACUUCAGUGGUGUGUGUGUUCUCGGGUGUUCGGUCUCAGUGGUGUGUAUGUUCUCGGGUGUUCGGUCUCAGUGGUGUGUGUGUUCUCGGGUGUUCGGCCUCAGUGUUGUGUGUGUUCUCGGGUGUUCGGCCUCAGUGGUGUGUGUGUUCUCGGGUGUUCGGCCUCAGUGGUGUGUGUGUUCUCGGGUGUUCGGUCUCAGUGGUGUGUAUGUUCUCGGGUGUUCGGUCUCAGUGGUGUGUGUGUUCUCGGGUGUUCGGCCUCAAUGGUGUGUGUGUUCUCGGGUGUUCGACUUCAGUGGUGUGUGUGUUCUCGGGUGUUCGACUUCAGUGGUGUGUGUGUUCUCGGGUGUUCGGUCUCAGUGAUGUCUAUGUUCUCGGGUGUUCGGUCUCAGUGAUGUCUAUGUUCUCGGGUGUUCGGUCUCAGUGGUGUGUAUGUUCUCGUCUCUGUGGGUGUUCGGUCUCAGUGGUGUGUAUGUUCUCGUCUCUGUGGGUGUUCGGUCUCAGUGGUGUGUGUGUUCUCGGGUAUUCGGUCUCAGUGGUGUGUGUGUUCUCGGGUGUUCGGUCUCAGUGGUGUGUAUGUUCUCGUCUCUGUGGGUGUUCGGUCUCAGUGGUGUGUAUGUUCUCGUCUCUGUGGGUGUUCGGUCUCAGUGGUGUGUGUGUUCUCGGGUGUUCGGUCUCAGUGGUGUGUGUGUUCUCGGGUGUUCGAUCUCAGUGGUGUGUAUGUUCUCGUCUCUGUGGGUGUUCGGUCUCAGUGGUGUGUGUGUUCUCGGGUGUUCAGUCUCAGUGGUGUGUAUGUUCUCGUCUCUGUGGGUGUUCGGUCUCAGUGGUGUGUAUGUUCUCGUCUCUGUGGGUGUUCGGUCUCAGUGGUGUGUAUGUUCUCGUCUCUGUGGGUGUUCGGUCUCAGUGGUGUGUGUGUUCUCGGGUGUUCGGUCUCAGUGGUGUACAGGGUUUCUAUCCUCACUCUACAGACAGGGUUUCUCUCCUCACUCUACAGACAGGGUAUCUCUACUCACUCUACAGACAGGGUUUCUCUCCUCACUCUACAGACAGGGUUUCUCUCCUCACUCUACAGACAGGGUUUCUAUCCUCACUCUACAGACAGGGUUUCUCUCCUCACUCUACAGACAGGGUUUCUAUCCUCACUCUACAGACAGGGUUUCUCUCCUCACUCUACAGACAGGGUUUCUCGCCUCACUCUACAGACAGGGUUUCUCUCCUCACUCUACAGACAGGGUUUCUCUCCUCACUCUACAGAACAGGGUUUCUCGCCUCACUCUACAGACAGGGUUUCUCUCCUCACUCUACAGACAGGGUUUCUCUCCUCACUCUACAGACAGGGUUUCUAUCCUCACUCUACAGACAGGGUUUCUCUCCUCACUCUACAGACAGGGUUUCUCUCCUCACUCUACAGACAGGGUUUCUCUCCUCACUCUACAGACAGGGUUUCUCUCCUCACUCUACAGACAGGGUUUCUAUCCUCACUCUACAGACAGGGUUUCUCUCCUCACUCUACAGACAGGGUUUCUCUCCUCACUCUACAGACAGGGUUUCUCUCCUCACUCUACAGACAGGGUUUCUCUCCUCAGUCUACAGACAGGGUUUCUCUCCUCACUCUACAGACAGGGUUUCUCUCCUCACUCUACAGACAGGGUUUCUCUCCUCACUCUCUACAGACAGGGUUUCUCUCCUCAGUCUACAGACAGGGUUUCUCUCCUCACUCUACAGACAGGGUUUCUAUCCUCACUCUACAGACAGGGUUUCUAUCCUCACUCUACAGACAGGGUUUCUCUCCUCACUCUACAGACAGGGUUUCUAUCCUCACUCUACAGACAGGGUUUCUCGCCUCACUCUACAGACAGGGUUUCUAUCCUCACUCUACAGACAGGGUUUCUCUCCUCACUCUACAGACAGGGUUUCUCUCCUCACUCUACAGACAGGGUUUCUAUCCUCACUCUACAGACAGGGUUUCUAUCCUCACUCUACAGACAGGGUUUCUCUCCUCACUCUACAGACAGGGUUUCUCUCCUCAGUCUACAGACAGGGUUUCUCUCCUCACUCUACAGACAGGGUUUCUCUCCUCACUCUACAGACAGGGUUUCUCUCCUCAGUCUACAGACAGGGUUUCUCUCCUCACUCUACAGACAGGGUUUCUCUCCUCACUCUACAGACAGGGUUUCUCUCCUCACUCUACAGACAGGGUUUCUCUCCUCACUCUACAGACAGGGUUUCUCUCCUCACUCUAGAGACAGGGUUUCUCUCCUCACUCUACAGACAGGGUUUCUCUCCUCACUCUACAGACAGGGUUUCUCUCCUCACUCUACAGACAGGGUUUCUCUCCUCACUCUACAGACAGGGUUUCUAUCCUCACUCUACAGACAGGGUUUCUAUCCUCACUCUACAGACAGGGUUUCUCUCCUCACUCUACACACAGGGUUUCUCUCCUCACUCUACAGACAGGGUUUCUCGCCUCACUCUACAGACAGGGUUUCUCUCCUCACUCUACAGACAGGGUUUCUCGCCUCACUCUACAGACAGGGUUUCUCGCCUCACUCUACAGACAGGGUUUCUCUCCUCACUCUACAGACAGGGUUUCUCUCCUCACUCUACAGACAGGGUUUCUCUCCUCACUCUACAGACAGGGUUUCUAUCCUCACUCUACAGACAGGGUUUCUCUCCUCACUCUACAGACAGGGUUUCUAUCCUCACUCUACAGACAGGGUUUCUAUCCUCACUCUACAGACAGGGUUUCUCUCCUCACUCUACAGACAGGGUUUCUCUCCUCACUCUACAGACAGGGUUUCUCUCCUCACUCUACAGACAGGGUUUCUAUCCUCACUCUACAGACAGAGCUUCUCUCCUAGCUCUACAGACAGGGUUUCUCUCCUCACUCUACAGACAGGGUUUCUCUCCUCACUCUACAGACAAGGUUUCUCGCCUCACUCUACAGACAGGGUUUCUCUCCUCACUCUACAGACAGGGUUUCUCUCCUCACUCUACAGACAGGGUUUCUCUCCUCACUCUACAGACAGGGUUUCUCUCCUCACUCUACAGACAGGGUUUCUCUCCUCACUCUACAGACAGGGUUUCUCUCCUCACUCUACAGACAGGGUUUCUCUCCUCACUCUACAGACAGGGUUUCUAUCCUCACUCUACAGACAGGGUUUCUCUCCUCACUCUACAGACAGGGUUUCUCUCCUCACUCAACAGACAGGGUUUCUCUCCUCACUCUACAGACAGGGUUUCUCUCCUCACUCUACAGACAGGGUUUUUCUCCUCACUCUACAGACAGGGUUUCUCUCCUCACUCUACAGACAGGGUUUCUCUCCUCACUCUACAGACAGGGUUUCUCUCCUCACUCUACAGACAGGGUUUCUCUCCUCACUCUACAGACAGAGUUUCUAUCCUCACUCUACAGACAGGGUUUCUCUCCUCACUCUACAGACAGGGCACAUUACAGAAGAUCAGAUGUGGUUUAGUCUUCAUCAUCAUCACCUCUGACUCCUGCGACACCGGGACCUGA